AUGAGUAUUAAAUCAAUAGGAAAUUACAUCCUCGGCAAAACCAUUGGGGAGGGAACUUUCGGACAGGUCAGAUUGGGUCAGCAUACUAUUACAAACGAAACAGUUGCCAUAAAAAUUUUGGAGAAGGAUAAAAUGAAAGAAGAGACUGAUUACGAAAGAAUUUCUAGGGAGAUUAAUUGUCUGAAGAAAUUGCGUCACCCCAACAUUAUAUAGAUCUAUGAGAUAGUUUAAACUGUAAACUCAUUGUAUUUGAUUAUGGAAUAUGCACCAGGAGGAGAAUUGUUUGAUGUUAUAAUUAGAAACUAAAGAUUGAAUGAAAAAGAGGCAGCGGACUAUUUAAUGUAAAUCCUCUCUGGAGUUCAAUAUAUGCAUGAAAAUUAUGUUAUGCACAGAGAUCUCAAACCUGAGAAUCUGCUAUUAGAUGAAAAUAACAAAAUCAAAAUUGUAGACUUCGGUCUCUCAAAUCAAUUUAAGGAUGGCCAACUGCUCAAAACAGCCUGUGGUAGUCCAUGUUAUGCUGCCCCUGAGAUGAUAGCAGGAAAGGAGUACGAUCCCAAAUCUGCAGACACUUGGAGUUGCGGAGUCAUUCUCUAUGCGAUGGUCAAUGGAUACCUCCCUUUUGAAGACAACAACUAAAAAUAAAUGUAUAAAAAAAUCGUCUAUGGAGAAUACGCUCCUCCAAAAUACAUGAGUCCUUUAUGCAAGGACCUCCUUGAAAAAAUAUUAUAAGUAGAUCCUCUCAAAAGAUACAACAUCCACCAAAUAGUGAAGCAUUAUUGGAUACAAACCUGCGUUACCAAUCCGAUUCUGACUCCUGGAUAUGGAGAGAUUAACAUCUGCAAUGAGGUAUUGCAGUAAUUGGCCACCUACAAUUUCAAAUUACCCUAAGCAUAUGCCUACUUAAAAGCCAACAAACAUGACCCCGUGACUACUACAUACUAUUUAUUGUUAAAUAAAUACUUGAGGGAGAAGUAGUAGGAUCAAGAGGAGGCAUUUUAAUAUAAAUUAAUUUAAAUUCCUCCCCCAUAACAUCCACAAGAAGCCAUCCUAAAAGAGACUUCAAACAUUCAACCAUAAAGAAUUAGUCAGGCUGACACUAAGGAGAAUAAGACUCCACAAAGGAAUACUCAGGAAUAGAAAUCUACCAACUCUAUAAAGACUUUUAAUAUAUAAAAUUCUUAAUAAGAAAAAAUCUCACAAAUACCUGAAACUUAGAAUCUGAAUGAUAUUGAAGAAAUCAGUGAAAAUUUCAAGGAAAUCUAGAAUUUAAUCAAUCUAUCCUAAAUCGAACCUGUUCAAAAUAAUCAAUUUGAAAACAACCAAGAUUAGCUUUAAGACAACGAUACAACUACCAAUAAUUAGUUAAAUUUAUCUGCCCAGAUACCCUUUCCUGAUAGACCAUCCAUUCAAACAUCAUUAAAUAAUACUCCCAUCUAUCAAUCACAAUUCAAUUACAAUUACAAUUAAUAUGAUUGUACUUCUAGAGCUAGGCAGGUUUCUUUGAGCAUUGAAAAAAAACCAGAAACUUUAUUUCCUACUGUCGAACAAAUCAAACUUAAAGCAUAGCAAUUUAAAUAAAGAGCGCUUGAAAAUGAAGAUCGUUCCCCUGUGCCUUAAAAACCUAGGACACUGAAAACUCCUUAAAGAUCUGCAGUCUACAGGGCUCCUAAUUUUAACAAUUAGCAUUCCUAUGAGAGACCACAAAGUCCCUUGAUUGUAGUGAAGCAACACGAAGGUCCAUAUCAUCUAAAUUAACUUGUUUUUGUAGAUCCUUAAAGGAUGACUUAAAAAAUCAUAUCUUAUCUAUAAUAAUAAAAUUACGAAGUAAAAAGGAGCAAAUUUGAAUUGAAGAUAAGUAAAUGCGAUUUCGUAAUGACUUAUGCAAUAGCACUUUUAUGCGACUCUGUUUAUGUAAUGAAAUGUUAAAAAAUACAAGGAGAUUCAGAAGAAUAUGAAAAAAUUUAUAAAUAAAUAAUUAAGUUGAGAUGA